CCCGCCCCUCCAGAAAUAUUUGGGACCUCGACUUCCAUCCCCUCCCCACACACCUCCCUCCCCCUCCAGCUGGGCCUCCGAGCCGCGGGGUAAAGAGCGAAGGGUAACAGCUCUAUCCUUCUUCGGGUCAAGGAAUUCGUCCCCGCGCCCCCGAGGGCGGGAAACUACAACUCCCGGCAUGCCCCGGGCGCCCCCGGCGCGCCCCCCUCCCGUCAGUUCCAUGCUGCUCCAUCCAGUCCAUUUAAAACAAAAGAGUUUGAGCGCUGGAAGGGGCUGGGCUCUAUCGGGGGCCACUGAGCGCCGCUCCAGGACGGGGGCCCGGUGCGGGAGCCUGGAGCAGGGGGCGGGGGGGAGGUGGGGCGUCUGGACGGCCGAGGCUAGAGACUCCCGGGUAGCGAGGCGGGCAGGGGUGGGGGCAGAGAUCCCGCAGCCCCCGCCCCCCGUCACCCCCGGAGAGGAGAGCAGAGAGAUCUGCUUUCUUGGUUUUGCUUCGCUUUUCCCCCCCGCCCCCACCCCGGGGGCUGGGGCAAGGGGAGUCGGGUUACAGGGUGUUUGGGGAGGGGGGCUUAGGGGGAGGGUCUAUCUUUCUAUCUCGCUUUCUUCCCCCCUCCCCAGUUCUUUGUUCCCCCUCCCCACACACCCCCUCCUCUCCCCUCCCCUCCCCUCCUCUCUCCUCUUUUCCCUUCCACCACCUCUCUCUCUCUCCCUCUCUCUCUCUCCCCCAGCUUUUGUUUCGCCAUGCCUAGUCUAGUGGUAUCUGGAAUAAUGGAAAGAAAUGGGGGCUUUGGAGAACUGGGAUGUUUCGGGGGAAGCGCCAAGGACCGGGGGUUGCUGGAAGACGAGCGCGCCCUUCAGCUGGCUCUCGAUCAACUCUGCCUCCUGGGUUUGGGGGAGCCCCCCGCCCCCACGGCGGGCGAGGACGGGGGAGGUGGGGGGGGCGGCGCCCCCUCGCAGCCGGCCGCCCCCCCGCAGCCGGCCCCGCCGCCGCCGCCACCGCCGCCGACUGCGCCCCCGGCCGCCCCGACGGCGGCCCCCGCGGCGCAGACGCCCCAGCCCCCCACCGCCCCCAAAGGGGCGAGCGACGCCAAGCUCUGCGCGCUCUACAAAGAGGCCGAGCUGCGUCUCAAGGGCAGCAGCAACACCACCGAGUGCGUCCCCGUGCCCACCUCCGAGCACGUGGCCGAGAUCGUGGGCAGGCAAGGCUGCAAGAUUAAGGCCCUGAGGGCAAAGACCAACACCUACAUCAAGACUCCGGUGCGGGGUGAGGAACCGGUGUUUAUGGUGACAGGUCGCAGGGAAGAUGUGGCCACGGCCCGGCGGGAAAUCAUAUCAGCUGCUGAACAUUUCUCUAUGAUCCGCGCCUCACGCAACAAGUCAGGCGCCGCUUUUGGCGUGGCCCCGGCCCUGCCUGGCCAGGUGACCAUCCGCGUACGAGUGCCCUACCGCGUGGUGGGGCUGGUGGUGGGUCCCAAGGGGGCGACCAUCAAGCGCAUCCAGCAGCAGACCAACACAUACAUCAUCACACCGAGCCGUGACCGCGACCCUGUGUUUGAGAUCACAGGCGCCCCGGGCAACGUGGAACGUGCGCGCGAGGAAAUUGAGACUCACAUCGCGGUGCGCACGGGCAAGAUCCUCGAAUACAACAAUGAAAAUGACUUUCUGGCGGGCAGCCCGGACGCGGCACUGGACAGUCGCUACUCAGAUGCCUGGCGGGUGCACCCACCGGGCUGCAAGCCCCUCUCCACCUUCCGGCAGAACAGCCUGGGCUGCAUCGGCGAGUGCGGAGUGGACUCCGGCUUUGAGGCCCCGCGCCUGGGCGAGCAAAGUGGAGACUUUGGCUACGGCGGCUACUUGUUUCCGGGCUAUGGCGUGGGCAAGCAGGACGUAUACUACAGCGUGGCCGAGACCAGUCCCCCGCUCUGGGCGGGCCAGGAAAACGCCACACCCACCUCGGUGCUCUUCUCAUCCUCCUCAUCCUCCUCCUCUUCUGCCAAGGCCCGCGCCACCGGACCUCCUGGUGCGCACCGCUCUCCAGCAGCCUCUGCCGCAGCAGCCGCCUCUUCCUCCUCGGCAGGGUCGGACCUGGCGGGACUCCCGAGGCGCCCGCCUGGAGAACCGCUGCAGGGAUUCUCGAAGCUUGGGGGUGGUGGCCUGCGGAGCCCUGGUGGCGGACGGGAUUGCAUGGUGUGCUUUGAGAGCGAAGUGACUGCCGCCCUAGUGCCCUGUGGACACAACCUGUUCUGCAUGGAGUGUGCAGUGCGCAUCUGCGAGAGGACGGACCCGGAGUGUCCCGUCUGCCACAUCACAGCCACGCAAGCCAUCCGAAUAUUCUCCUAAUCGCCCCGUGCCCCAUACUUGCUGGGCCUACCUCCCAGGGGCCCCCACUCCCCUCCCCAUCCCUGGCGCUGGACUGUUUUCCAGAAAGGCCUUUGGGGCAAGUGGUUAUUUUUCUGGGACUAGG